AAAAAAAUAGCAAUAUCCAUUUUGUAAUUUUUCGCCAGGUGGUCCUCCCCCGUCACUGCCACUCACUAGACUCCUCCGCUCGCCCUCUCCUCCCUCCUCCUCCGCCGCGCCAUGUCGUCCGCCGCCGCGGCCGCGGCCUCCGACCCCAUCGCCCCCUCUAACACGCGGGUGGGCUGGAUCGGCACCGGCGUCAUGGGCCGCUCCAUGUGCGGCCACCUCAUCGGCGCCGGCUACGCCGUCACCGUCUUCAACCGCACCGUCUCCAAGGCCCAGCCCCUCCUCGACAUGGGCGCGCGCCUCGCCGACUCCCCACGCUCCCUCGCCGCCCUCUCCGACGUCGUCUUCUCCAUCGUCGGGUACCCCUCCGACGUCCGCUCCGUCCUCCUGGACCCCUCCUCCGGCGCCCUCGCUUCCCUCCGCCCCGGCGGCGUCCUCGUGGACAUGACCACCUCCGACCCCUCCCUCGCCGAGGAGAUCUCCGCCGCCGCCUCCUCCAAGGGCUGCCACGCCGUCGACGCCCCCGUGUCGGGCGGCGACCGCGGUGCUCGCAACGCUGCCCUCGCGAUCUUCGCGGGUGGCGACCCGGCGACGGUCCGCAGGCUGGAGCCCCUGUUCUCCGUGAUGGGGAAGGUCAAUUACAUGGGCGGCCCCGGAAAGGGGCAGUUCGCGAAAUUGGGGAAUCAAAUCACGAUCGCUUCGACCAUGGUGGGGCUGGUGGAGGGCAUGGUUUAUGCUUAUAAGGCGGGGCUCGAUGUUGGGAUGUUUGUAAGCGCGAUAUCGACUGGAGCUGCGGGCUCGAAGUCGCUGGAUUCGCAUGGGAACAGGAUACUGCAGAGGGAUUUUGAGGCCAGGUUCUAUGUGAACCAUUUUGCGAAGGAUUUGGGGAUAUGCCUGAAGGAAUGUGAGAGGAUGGGGCUCGCAUUGCCAGGCUUGGCGCUUGCUCAGCAGCUUUACUUGUCGCUCAAGGCUCAUGGGGAGGGGAAUUUGGGCAUUCAGGCGCUCAUUCUGGCUCUUGAGCGGCUUAACAAUGUUAAGCUCGAGAAUACAGGCUCCUCUAAUGUAUGAGUAUGACCUCUGCUUAGUGUUCUUAGUGUACUCAUAUUGGUAUACAUAAAUAAAUGAUCAUUUGCUAUAUACCAACAAUUACAUUUGCUGCUGUUAUACUGUUGUUGUAAGAGGAUGGAUUGCUAUGGUUGUAUAUUGAACGGAGAAAUAUGUGCUUCUAUUUUUUAAAUGUAUGAUAGACUGUCUAGGGAAAGGUUGGGAUUCAUAUGUUAACCAGGAUUCGUGAGACAAAGCGGAGUAUUUGUCAAAUGAUUUGUCACUUGGACAUUGCCCUCACCUUAUCAUUGCAAUUUGAUGGUCACCAUGGUAA